AUGCCGCCGCCGCCGCCGCUGUUGCUUCUUCUCCUCGUCCUCGGCGUGUCGCUGCAAGGACGAUGCAUUGCGCAGGGCCAGGGCGGGGGCGGAGGAGGAGGUCUCACGCGGGGGAGCUUCCCCAAGGGCUUCGUCUUCGGCACCGCCGCCGCCGCUUACCAGUACGAGGGAGCCGUCAAUACGGAUGGCAGAGGACAGACAAUCUGGGACACGUUUGCGCACACUUUCGGCAAGAUUUCAGACUUCAGCAAUGCGGAUGUUGCAGUUGAUCAGUACCACCGUUUCGAGGAGGACGUGCAGCUCAUGGCGGACAUGGGAAUGGAUGCUUAUCGCUUCUCUAUUGCCUGGUCAAGGAUUUUGCCAAAUGGUACGGGCCAAGUCAAUCAGGCUGGCAUUGACCACUACAACAAAGUGAUCAAUGCACUACUAUCAAAAGGAAUUCAGCCAUAUGUAACCCUGUACCACUGGGACCUCCCCCAGGCCCUGGAAGACAGGUACAAUGGAUGGCUGGACAGGCAGAUAGUUAAUGACUUUGCGGCUUACGCUGAGACAUGCUUCAAGGCGUUUGGAGACCGUGUGAAACACUGGAUCACACUCAAUGAGCCGCACACGGUUGCCAUUCAAGGCUACGACGCUGGGCUUCACGCCCCAGGGCGCUGUUCAGUGCUGCUCCAUCUAUACUGCAAGACAGGGAACUCUGGCACUGAGCCCUACAUCGUUGCUCACAACUUCAUCUUAGCUCAUGCCACCGUUUCAGACAUGUACAGGAGGAAAUAUAAGGCAGCUCAGAAUGGUGAACUUGGGAUCGCAUUUGACGUCAUCUGGUACGAACCAAUGACAAACAGCACGAUUGACAUUGAAGCUACCAAAAGGGCACAAGAGUUUCAGCUAGGAUGGUUCGCGGAUCCGUUCUUCUUCGGAGAUUACCCGGCGACGAUGAGAACUCGGGUUGGAGAAAGACUGCCCAAGUUCACGGCAGAUGAAGCUGCCCUUGUCAAGGGGGCUCUGGACUUCAUGGGCAUAAACCACUACACCACUUUCUACACGAGGCAUAACGAUACCAACAUCAUCGUACGACUGCUGAAUGACACUUUGGCAGACACCGGAACCAUCAGCCUGCCCUUCGACAAGAACGGGAAACCCAUUGGAGAUAGGGCUAAUUCGAUAUGGUUGUACAUCGUACCCAGCGGGAUGAGGAAGCUGAUGAACUAUGUCAAGGAGAGGUACAAUAGCCCAACGGUUUACAUCACUGAAAAUGGGAUGGACGACGGCAACAGCCCUUUCACUUCAAUCCAGGACGCCCUCAAGGACAGCAAGAGGAUCAAGUACCACAACGACUACCUCAACAACCUGGCUGCCUCCAUAAAGGAGGACGGGUGUGACGUGCGUGGGUACUUCGCGUGGUCGCUGCUGGACAACUGGGAAUGGGCCGCCGGGUACACCUCGAGAUUCGGGCUCUACUUCGUGGACUACAAGGAUAACCUCAAGAGGUACCCCAAGAACUCGGUGCAGUGGUUCAAGACCCUGCUGGGCUCCAGCUGA